UAUAAUGAUUUCCCCGCUUCAAAGCCCCCCCACUCUGCUCGAGAACCCUAGAAGCCCCGAGAGGAAGGAGAAGAAGAGGACGAGAACCCGAAGCUCUCGAACCCACGGCAAUGGCGAUGGAGCUCGAUUCCCCUAAGCCUGAAGAGCUCUUCCGCGCCGCAGAGAAUGGCGACGCCGCCCUCUUCGCCUCCCUCUCCGAGGAAGCGCUCGCUCGCGCUCGAACGCUGCGGAACGAGGAUGGGCGCUCUCUCCUCCACGUCGCCGCCUCAUCCGGACGCCCGCAGGUCGUAGACGUGCUUUCAAAAGCGGAUCCAUCGGUAAGUGGAGUUAAUGCCACGGAUGAGGAAGGGUGGGCGCCACUCCACUCCGCGGUGAGCAUCGGCAAUGCGGAGAUCGUCGACAUCUUGCUUGAUAGAGGAGCUGAUGUUAACUUGGCUAACAACGGUGGGCGCACUGCUCUUCAUUAUGCCGCUAGUAAGGGGUGGGUGAAAAUUGCUGAAACCCUGAUUUCACAUGGAGCAAAAAUCAAUAAGAAAGACAAGGUCGGUUGCACCCCACUUCAUAGAGCUGCUAGUACAGGGAAGCCAGAAUUAUGUGAGUUGUUGAUUGAGGAAGGAGCUGAGGUCGAUGCUACUGAUAGAGCAGGGCAAACGCCUCUAAUGCAUGCAGUUAUAUGCCAAAACAAGCAGGUUGCUCUUUUGUUGAUAAGGCAUGGGGCUGAUGUUGAUAUUGAAGACAAGGAAGGAUACACGGUACUUGGUCGAGCAUCACAUGACUUCAGACCUUCGUUGAUUGAUGCAGCCAAGGCCAUGCUCGAAGGUUAGAGUUUUUUUUGUGCUAUCCGAAACAAAUUUCUAGAAUUUCAAACCAGAAUUAGAUAUCCCCGUUGUUUGUGCUAAGUAACUCAUGCUAAAAAUCUGUGAGAAUGUUGUAAAUGAUUUUUGUUUAAGUGUGUGGGUUUCAUUGCUUCUUUACA